AUGAAGAAAACUUCAUCAGAAGCAGAGAAGGCGUGGAAAAACUUGAAGCCAGAUGGGGAGGAAGACCUCCUCUGCCCCAAAACAGAGCACCACCCAAAGGAGCUGAUGAUGAAGCUGAACUUGAGCCCAUCUGAAGAUCACAGCAAGGCUGAGCCACGAUUGUUCAAACCAAAAGCCGGGAGUGUGUUCCCGGUGAAGAAGAGGCCUUCUUCAGCUUCUGCUUCAAACGCCAACAAGGUCAUCAUCAUCAACAGCCAAGUUUACCCAAGCCCACCACCAUAG